CAUGAAUGUGAGAGACUGAGGAUCCCUUUUUCCCUCCUGCACCUGAGUUCUGUUUCUAGUUGUCAGGUAGGGAUGCUGUGCAGACCACUCCAUCGUCUGUCCCAAACUUAUGGAGAACCGCUGACUCGCUGGCUUUCAGGAACCAGGGUGCUGAAAUGGAACAUAUAUUUUUCAUUCUUUUAAUGUCUAGUAAGGCCUUAUCAGUUGGAGCUCAAUUCAAUGGAUUUAACUGUGACGCAAAUUUUCACAGCCGCUUCCCCGCUGAGAGAGAUAUCAGUGUGUACUGCGGGGUCCAGACAAUCACCCUCAAGGUCAAUUUCUGUCCUGUUCUCUUCUCUGGCUACACUGACACUGAUCUGGCCCUUAAUGGUCGCCAUGGAGAUGCCCACUGCCGAGGGUUCAUCAACAACAACACCUUCCCCACUGUUGUGAUCUUUAGCAUCAGCUUGGCAACCCUUGAGUCCUGCGGCAAUUCCCUGGUGGUGUCUACAGCUCAAGGACCCAAUGCUUAUGGGAACCUGUCCCUGGUGCAGAUUGGAAACAUAUCAGGGUACAUUGACACACCAGACCCCCCAACCAUCAUCAGCUACCUGCCCGGUCUGCUGUACAAGUUCAGCUGCAGCUACCCACUGGAAUACCUAGUCAACAACACACAGCUGGCUUCGUCUGCAGCUGCAAUCUCAGUGAAGGAAAGCAAUGGCACGUUCAUUAGCACGCUGAAUCUCCUGCUUUACAAUGACUCAUCAUACAUUCAGCAGCUGUCCAUCCCAAUGGCAGGACUGACCCUGAAGACACGUGUGUUUGCAGCUGUAAAAGCCUCUAAUCUGGAUAGAAGAUGGAAUGUUCUAAUGGACUACUGUUACACCACGCCUUCUGGAAAUCCUAAUGACGACCUGCGUUAUGAUCUUUUCUUUAGCUGUGAAAAAGACCCCCAGACCACAGUCUUUGAGAACGGAAAGAGCCAAAUGGGCCGCUUUGCCUUUGAAGUAUUCCGCUUUGUAAAGCACAAGAACCAGAAGAUGUCCACUGUCUUCCUGCACUGCGUCACCAAGCUGUGCCGAGCAGAUGAUUGCCCAAUGCUUAUGCCUAUCUGUGGCAGCAGGAAACGGAGAGAUGUCUCUGAGGGAAAGGAAUCAAAUGCUGCAUCUGGAAAUGCCAUCCUGUCUGCUGGGCCUAUCAUCACACGAAGUGAUGAAACACCAGUUAACAAUUCUCAGCUAGCCCAUCUUAAAGCUCCAGUGUUCCAGAUGAAUACGGUGACCAGCGCACUCAUCUCAGGCAUGAUCAUUCUGGGGUUCAUGUGCGUAUGCUUCUUCAUCUUGUCCCUCACCCUUCUCAAAGGCAAGAGCUCUCCAGUCAGCACCCUGUCAGGAGUCCGCAACCCAGCCUUCAACUGA